AUGUCGGCCGCGAAGGUGGACACGAAGGUGAUCUCGGUCAUCAAAUCCGCGGCGGACCCGCCCCUCGAGUUCGUCAAGCACACCCGCGCGUGCUUCCGAUGCAAGCUCGUGAAGACGUUCGAACAGGCGCGCUUCUUCGAGAAGGGGUGCGAUAACUGCGCGUUCUUCCAGAUGAACGACGACCGCGAUCGCGUCGCGGAGUGCACGACCCCGGCGUACAGCGGAAUCGUCUCCGUGCUCGAUCCCAAGUCGUCGUGGUGCGCGAAGUGGAUGCGUCUGAACAAGGCGGUUCCGGGGUGUUACGCGCUGGAGAUCAACGACGACGUCCCGGACGGGAUCGCGGGGGAGAUUGAGGAGCACAUGGAGAGGGGGAGGUGA